AUGGCGGCCAGUAUGCCUGAUGUCUUCAACGUCCGUACGUUUUGCCUUAUAACCGGCGCAAGCAAAGGAAUAGGACGUGGUAUAGCCACUUCAUUGGGUGACAAAGUAGGUGAUAACAGUGUUAUGGUCCUAGUUGCACGGUCGGAGGCUGGAUUGCUGGAAACGAAACGUUUGAUAACUUGUCGGCGUGGGGGAGAAGUCGAUGUUCGUAUUCUAGUAUGUGACCUUGGGGUUAUGAUGUCAAUUUCGUCACAUAUCCAACCCAUGUUCACUGACAUUGAACCAGAGACAUUCCAACAUGCUAUAUUAAUUAAUAACGCUGGGUCUCUGGGGGAUGUUUCCAGCAAACUACGUGAAUUUGGUGACCCGUUCGAACUGCAGAAUUAUUACGGACUGAACGUCACAACGGCAAUUUGUGUCACCUCGCAGUUCUUAACGAAUUUCCCCAAGAGAGACAAGUUGCGACGCACGGUGGUAAACAUUACAUCAUUAUGUGCCAUACAGCCGUUUAAGUACUCCUCGCUUUACUGCUCGUCUAGAGCUGCCAGGGAUAUGUUAUUUCAAGUUCUGGCUGCAGAGGAACCAGAUGUCCGCGUUGUGAGCUAUUCCCCCGGGCCGAUUGACACCGACAUGCAGCGCGACUUACGAGAAAACUUGGGGGAUCCGGAGAUGCAAAAGGUUUAUGCGGAUCUGGAGACUAAUGGCGCAUUACUGACCGUCGAUCAGACCAUGAAAACCUUAAUAGCUCUUCUUGAAGAGGACUCUUUCAAGAGUGGUAGUCACGUGGAUUAUUAUGAUAUUAACAAGUGACCUUGCUUGCCUAUGUGUUUAUUAUAGUAGUAUAGUAUAGUAUAUUUUAUUUGACACUAAAUAAUAUAUUUUG